CUAUAAUAUUUCGUGUGAUGUCUGUGUAUGCACAAAUACAUCUGUGAGCUGUUGACACUGUGCCCCCUUAAAAAAAGUUGUUGCAUGACGCCCCUGGUCAACAGUGAAACUAACUUAAAGGUCACGUUUUCCUAAUCCUAUUUUUUAAACCCUAGUUAGUGUGUAAUGUUGCUAUAAUAGCAUAAAUAAUACUUGUAAAAUGAUAAAGCUCACUGCCAGGCAAUAUAUUUUCUUUAACAGAAUUCACCUUUCAAAGCUUACAGCGAACGGCCGGUUUGGACUACAGACCUCUACUUCCUGUUUUAAUGACUACAAUAGAACAGUUUUUGACUAAACCCCGCCCACAAGAAUAUGUCAGUCGCCAGCUUAGCUAACGGCAAGCUAAUCAGCCUGUUUUGAGGACAGUGAAAACAGCGCUUUAGAGAUGAGUAAAUUAUGUGAUUCCAUACAGGUGAAAAACCCUUAAGUGUGACUAGACGUUUGCUCUGUCAAGUCACUUCCCUUCUGGAAAAAAAAACAAUAAAACCUUUACAGAAAUUCCUAAUGGUUUCCAUUAGGUUUUACCAUUAAAAUCACUACAAAAUAUCUUCCUUUGAACUAAUUAAACGUCUGACCGAACAUCUUAAACUGUCAGUGCCUUAAAAUUAGCAGUUUAGGUGCCAAGCUGUUAAAAAGUGUAUGUGUGUAUGUGUCCGGGAGCAAACAAACUGUUCAUAAUAGUGUUAAUAAAAUAUGAAAAACAACAUGAAUUAACACAUUUAUCAUUUUUAUGUCCCAUUUAUCUCUUUUAAGAACUCAUUAAUUUUAUAUUGUGUGCUAUCAUUAAUUGUUCAUUUAAGAAAGGAACUGUUCAGAUUAUUCAGUAAAUUCUUUGUUCAUUUUUACUAUGAUUACGUCUCCUGACUUCUGCUAUAGGCCUAUUCUCUCGGCUGGUAAAUGAAAGUUUACAUAAUUAUUCAGUAUUUUGUCAGUCUUUUUAUUCUUUCUAGGAAAGUUAAAGAACCUGUUUUUGCAUUGAUAUCAUCUUGUCCAGAUGCACAGUUUGAUGUGGUAGCACAAUAGAAAUGAACUGCAAGAGCUUGUAGAGGAAUAAAGACUGCUGAGAGGAACACCACUAUUUGAGUAUAUGUUGCAUAAAUGGACAAGUUUGUCACACUUUCACUGCACAGAUACAAUAUAUUGUAUAACAGGUUUCUUUUUACUUUAUUAUUAUGACAAUCACAGUUGAAUGUGAUGUGGUAAUAAAAAAGAAAAAAUGUCAUUGUACAGGUAAAUUUACAGAUGAAAAUAAGGCUUUAUACUUCAACUGCACGUUUCAUUUUCAUAUAUUUAAGAGAGAAUAGUUUAUCAGAAAACAAAAAAAAAACAUGGUUUUACUACACCUAAAAAAACAUGGUAACUGUAGUAACACAAUUUUAAAAUUCGUAGUUAAACCUUGACUAGUGUAGUAAAAUCAUGGUUUUGCUGAUAGUAAUCACUACACAAAAACCAUGGUUACUACACUUUUACCAUAAUAAAACCAUGUUUAAUAAAGGAAGGUACCAUAAUGUGUGUUAUUAAUGGUUCAGUUCACUAAAUUGCAGUUUAAUUGUCUCGUGUAGGCAGUGUUUGAAUCAACAAUGAAUAUCUACAUAUAUUUUAAUAUUUGGUGCAGAUCAUUACACUGUUUAUCUUAUAUUGUGUACACUCUCACACACUGUACACCCUACUGACACACCAGAAACAACAGAGCCGUAAAUCUGCCUCCAGAUCUGCAGCCUCCUCAUACUCACUUGAAAAGCAGUGAGCGUCUUCUGUCUCCAGUACAGCAGGAGGCGCUGCAGCUCUUUAGUCCGCAAAUAAACUCACUAAAGAAAGAAAGAGCGCGCGUGUGAUGUGUUUGUGUAUCCUCAGUGUUUUUCUCUCUUGCAUGUUUCAUUGAGUGUAAACAGAGUCUUGUCUCUGUGUAUUUAAGAGUUGAGAUGAUGAGAUGUGAUGUGCUGUAAAUGAGUAGGAACUGAUCUGUCCGUGCUGAAUAUAUUCAUGAUUUCAUCACAGAAAACUCUCAGCUGAAGAAAGAGGUGGCGUUAUUGGAGACAAAGCUGAGGUCAAGAGGAGAUUUAACAAUGAAACGAGAGGAUGUGGAUUGUUGUGAAUCUUCAGUGUAUGUGACUGAUGAUGGGAGUCUGGAUUCAGUGUGGAUGAGCAGAGAUCAGAGCCGCACACCACAGACACUGCUGGACUCUAAACUCUCUGAAGAGAAAUCCAGACACACACAAGACUCCGAUCUCAGUCUGACUUUACUCUGUUAUACUGAGUCAAAGCUCACAGACACUCAGGACACUACAGUGUGUGACAGUAAACAGAGCUUACAGGAGGAUCAAACCUCCACAGAGUCUCUGGAUUCUGUCUGUAACGCUGGAGAACAGCAGCAGAUCCUGCAGACCAAACUGAAGAUGUGUUCAGUUAAACUCAUUGACUUCAAGAACCUCAUGAUGAAGAUUAAAACUGAACCCACAGAAAUCAAAACUGAACCUAAAGAAAUCAAAACUGAACCCACAGAAGAGGAAGAUCCCACUGAGGAAGAUGAUGAUUUUAUUCCAUCAGAUGUGAAGAGUGAUUCAUGUUUGGAUAUAGAAAUAACAUCCUCAACAUCAAAAGAGCAACUGACAGCACAAACUCUUUCCUGCAUCACCUGUGGAAAGACAUUCAGCUCACAGAGACAUUUAGAGAGACAUGAGAGAAAACACACAGAACAGAAACUCUUCACCAGAUCUGAGAUCAGCUUUACUACCUUACAAGAGAAGAAACUUCAUUCAGAAGACCACAGAGAGAAGAAGAAGAAGCAGUUUCACUGUGAGCAGUGUGGGAAGAUUUUUGUCUCUUCCCAUAAUCUAAAUGUUCACAUGAGGAUACACCGUGAUGAAAAGCCUUUCUACUGCACUGAAUGUGGAAAAUACUUCAAAACCAAACACAAUCUUAAAGUUCAUCAGAGAGUUCACACAGGAGAAAAACCUUAUGAGUGUCCUCACUGUGAGAAGAGAUUUAGCCGUAAACGUGGUCUGAAGACACAUGUGCGUUCACACACCAAUGAGAUACUCUAUCAGUGCAGUGAAUGUGACAAAACCUUUAGGGAUUCAGGCUCUUUAAAAAAACACCAGAAUACUCACAUUAAAGAGAAACUCCAUCAGUGUUCACACUGUGAUAAAUGUUACGGUCAUAAAUAUCAGCUGAUAGUCCAUGAGAGAGUUCAUACUGGAGAAAAACCUUAUCACUGUAGUGUCUGUGGGAAGAGUUUUAGUCAAAAAACUACAUUACUAUGUCAUAAGAGAAUUCAUACAGGUGAAAAACCUUACAAAUGCUCUCAGUGUGACAUGACAUUUGCUUAUUCAGGUCACUUCAAAGUCCAUCAGAGACUUCAUACUGGAGAGAAACCUUACGUCUGCUCUCACUGUGGAAAGAGCUUCUCUAGUUCAUCUAAAUUAAGAGUUCAUCAAAGAGUUCAUACUGGAGAGAAACCUUAUCACUGUAAUGUUUGUGGGAAGAGUUUUAGUCAUCAAACUACAUUACUAUGUCACAAGAGACUUCAUACAGGUGAAAAACCUUUUAAAUGCUCUCAGUGUGACAUGACAUUUGCUUAUUCAGGUCACUUCAAAGUCCAUCAGAGAGUUCACACUGGAGAGAAACCUUACGUCUGCUCUCACUGUGGAAAGAGAUUCUCUAGUUCAUCUCAAUUCAUAGUUCAUCAGAGAGUUCAUACUGGAGAGAAACCUCAUCACUGUAAUGUUUGUGGGAAGAGUUUUAGUCAAAAAACUACAUUACUAAAGCACAAGACAAUACAUACAGGUGAAAGACCUUACAAAUGCCCUCAGUGUGACAUGACGUUUGCUCAGUCAAAUUCCUUAAAAUCCCAUGAGAGAAUUCAUACUGGAGAGAAACCUUAUCACUGUAGUGUCUGUGGUAAGAGUUUUAGUCAAGGGUCUUCAUUACUAAAGCACACGAGAGUUCAUACAGGUGAAAAACCUUUCAAAUGCUCUCAGUGUGACAAGAUGUUUACUUGUUCAAGUAACUUAAAAAAACAUGAAAGAGUUCAUACUGGAGAGAAACCUUAUCACUGUAGUGUCUGUGGUAAGAGUUUUAGUGUAAAGGCUACAUUACUAAAUCACAAGAGAAUUCAUGAAAAACCUUAUAAAUGCUCUCAGUGUGGCAUGACCUUUGCUCAGUCAGAUUACUUAAAAUCCCACCAGGGAGUACAUUCUGGAAUGAAAAGUUAUUACUGUAGUGUUUGUGGGAGGAGUUUUAGUCAAGGGUCUUCAUUACUAAAGCACAAGAGAAUUCAUACAGGUGAAAAACCUUUCAAAUGCUCUCAGUGCGACAAGAUGUUUACUUGUUCAAGUAACUUAAGAUACCAUCAGAGAGUUCAUACUGGAGAGAAACCUUAUCACUGUAGUGUCUGUGGGAAGAGUUUUAGUCAAGGGUCUUCAUUACUAAAGCACAAGAGAAUUCAUACAGGUGAAAAACCUUUCAAAUGCUCUCAGUGUGACAAGACGUUUGCUCAGUCAAGUCACUUACAAGCCCAUCAGAGAGUUCAUAUUAGUGAGAAACUAAUCAUCAAGAACUUCAAGGAAAGGGGUUCAAUUCUUGUAAAGAAGGCUUCAGGGCGUCCAAGAAAGUCCAGCAAGUGCCAGGAUCGUCUCCUAAAGAGAUUCAGCUGCGGGAUCGGAGUGCCACCAGUGCAGAGCCUGCUCAGGAAUGGCAGCAGGAAGGGGUCAGUCCUUGGCCCCAUCCUCUUCAUCCUCUACCUCACCCCCCUUGGCCAAAUCAUUAGUCGUCACAACAUUUCAUUUCACUGCUAUGCUGAUGACACACAGCUCUAUGUAAAGGCCACAGCUGCAACCCCAUCCUCACAGUCAUCACCCUCUAAACUUACCAUCUGUCUAGAGGAGAUAAACGUAUGGAUGGAGCAUAAUUUCCUUCAACUAAACAGCUCCAAAACCGAAGCCAUCCUGAUCGGCACUCCUCACCAGACAAAAUCCUCACCCAUAACCAGCAUCACAUUUUCUGGCUCAAACAUCCCCCUAUCAUCAACAGUCACAAAUCUUGGUCUAAAAAUGGACUCCCAACUUUCAUUUGAAGCCCAUAUAAAUCACCUCUGCAAGACCUCCUUCUUCCACCUCCGCAACAUUUCCAAACUCCGCCCCAUUCUCUCCCUCCCUGACGCCGAAAAGCUGAUUCAUGCUUUUAUCUCCACCAGAUUGGACUACUGUAACGCACUUUUCAUUGGGAUCCCCUCCAAGAAUCUGCAGAGGCUUCAGUACAUCCAAAACUCUGCAGCUAGGAUCCUGAUGAGAGUGCGGAAACAUGAACAUAUUACUCCUAUUCUCCACUCACUCCACUGGCUUCCCGUCUCCUCCAGGAUUGAGUACAAGUGUGUAUCCUCGGUGUUUUUCUCUCUUGCGUGUUUCAUUGAGUUUAAACAGAGUCUUGUCUCUGUGUAUUUUAGUGUUAAGACGAUGCGGGACACUACAGUGUGUGACAGUAAACAGAGCUUACAGGAGGAUCAAACCUCCACAGAGUCUCUGGAUUCUGUCUGUAACGCUGGAGAACAGCAGCAGAUCCUGCAGACCAAACUGAAGAUGUGUUCAGUUAAACUCAUCGACUGCACGAACCUCAUGAUGAAGAUUAAAACUGAACCCACAGAAAUCAAAACUGAACCCACAGAAAUCAAAACGGAACCCACAGAAAUGAAAACUGAACCUACAGAAAUCAAAACUGACCCCACAGAAGAGGAAGAUCGCACUGAGGAAGAUGAUGAUUUUAUUCCAUCAGAUGUGAAGAGUGAUUCAUGUUUGGAUAUAGAAAUAGCGUCCUCAACAUCAAAAGAGCGACUGACAGCACAAACUCUUUCCUGCAUCACCUGUGGAAAGACAUUCAGCUCACAGAGACUUUUAGAGAGACAUGAGAGAAAACACACAGAACAGAAACUCUUCACCAGAUCUGAGAUCAGCUUUACUACCUUACAAGAGAAGAAACUUCAUUCAGAAGACCACAGAGAGAAGAAGAAGAAGCAGCAAUUUCACUGUGAGCAGUGUGGGAGGAUUUUUGUCUGUUCCUCUGAUCUAAGUGUUCACAUGAGGACACACAGCGGUGAAAAGCCUUUCUACUGCACUGAAUGUGGAAAUUACUUCAAAACCAAACAAUAUCUUAAAAUUCACCAGAGAGUUCAUACUGGAGAAAAACCUUACGAGUGUCCUCACUGUGAGAAGAGAUUUAGCUGUAAAUAUAAUCUGAAGAGACAUGUGCGUUCACACACCAAUGAGAGACCGUAUCAGUGCAGUGAAUGUGACAAAACCUUUAGGGAUUCAAGUUCAUUAAAAAAACACAAGAAUACUCACUUUAAAGAGAAACUCUAUCAGUGUUCACACUGUGGUAAACGUUUCUGUCAUAAAUAUCAGCUGAUAGUCCAUCAGAGAGUUCACACUGGAGAGAAACCUUACGCCUGCUCGCACUGUGGAAAGAGCUUCACUAGUUCAUCUAAAUUCAGAGUUCAUCAAAGAGUUCAUACUGGAGAGAAACCUUAUCACUGUAGUGUAUGUGGGAAGAGUUUUAGUCAACAAACUACUUUACUAAAUCACAAGAGAAUUCAUACAGGUGAAAAACCUUUCAAAUGUUCUCAGUGUCACAUGACAUUUUCUUAUUCAGGUCAAUUCAAAGUCCAUCAGAGAAUUCACACUGGAGAGAAACCUUACGCCUGCUCUCACUGUCGAAAGAGCUUCAGUAGUUCAUCUAAAUUCAGAGUUCAUCAAAGAGUUCAUACUGGAGAGAAACCUCAUCACUGUAAUGUUUGUGGGAAGAGUUUUAAUCAACAAACUACAUUACGAUGUCACAAGAGACUUCAUACAGGUGAAAAACCUUACAAAUGCUCUCAGUGUGACAAGACGUUUGCUCAGUCAAGUUCCUUAAAAUACCAUCAGAGAGUUCACACUGGAGAGAAACCUUAUCACUGUAGUAUCUGUGGGAAGAGUUUUAGUCAACAGUCAAACUUACUAAAGCACCAAAGAGUUCAUACAGGCGAUAAACCUUUCAAAUGUUCUCAGUGUAACAAGAUGUUUGCUUAUUCAGGUCAGUUACAAGCCCAUCAGAGAGUUCAUACUGGAGAGAAACCUUAUCACUGUAGUGUCUGUGGGAAGAGUUUUAGUCAACGGUCUUCAUUACUAAAGCACAAGAGGAUUCAUAAAUGCAAUCCACCGUGCCAUUUGCCGUUGCCAGUUAUAGGUCUCAUCACUGUAGUGUCUAUAGGUCAAACAAGAAGCCAUAUCUAAACAUGACUCAAAAGCGCAUGCGUUUUCUCUGGGCCAAGGCUCAUUUAAAAUGGACUUUGGCAAAGUGGAAAACUGUUCUGUGGUCAGAAGAAUCAAAAUUUGAUGUUCUUUUUGGAAAACUGGGACGCAAUUUCGUCUGGACUAAAGAGGACAAGGACAUUUCAAGUUGUUAUUAGUGCUCAUUAAAGAAACCUGCAUCUCUGAUGGUUUGGGGCUGCAUGAGUGCGUGUGGCAUGGGCAGCUUACACAUCUGGAAAGGCACCAUCAAUGCUGAAAGGUUUAUCCAAGUUGUAGAGCAACAUAUUCUCCCAUUCAGACAUCGUCUCUUUAGGGAAAACCUUGCAUUUUCCAACAUGACAAUUCCAGACCACAUACUGCAACAAUUACAACAUCAAGACUGCGUAGAAUAAGGAUCUCAAUACUGAAAUGGCCAGCCUACAGUCCAGAUCUUUCACCCACAGAAAACAUUUGGCGCAUCAUAAAGAGGAAGAUGCGACAAAGAAGAUCUCAGACAGUUCAGCAACUAGAAGCCUAUUUUAGACAAGAAUGGGACAACAUUUCUAUUCCUAAACAUUGGUCCUCCUCCAGCUGUUCCUUAUAUGUACAUUUAACUUUCCGGCCUCUUAUUGCUAACUGUCCCAACUUUUUUGGAAUGUGUAGCUCUCAUGAAAUCCAAAAUGAGACAAUAUUUGGCAUAACAUUUCAAAAUGAAUCACUUUCAACAUUUUAUAUGUUAUCUUUAUUCUAUUGUGAAUAAAAUAUACGUUUAUGA